AUGGAGAGCUAGAAAAAUAUUUGCGAUAGGCAUAAACAAAAAGUUAUCUUUAACUAUAGAUAAUCACCUAAUUCGAAUUAUGAACAACUUUGCUCUUAAUGCAUUGAUGAGAUGAGGUAUAAUUUAAAGGCAACUGAUGAUUCUUUACAUCAAUUGGGCAACAUUUAAUCAAAAAUUUUGGAAGACUUUCAAAGUAGCAUUUAAAAGAAAAUGAAUAUUUUAAAAAAUUCAAAAAUAAUACUUGAUAAAUUAGCUCUUUAGUUUUCUGAAUUUAUCAAAAGGUAUACAGAAUGCUUUAAUUAAUAAUAAAAGUUAAUUGAGGAUUCAUAAAUAAAAUUUUUAAAUAAUAUUUAAAAUAUCUCUAAGAAUGAUAUAUAUUAGUUUUUUAAAGAGAUCUAAGACCUAUAAUAAUAAUAAUUUAAGGAUAAAAUUCUUGAAAAAAGUUUAUCUUUUUAAAAUAUUCCUAAUUAGUUAAUCUAAAAAAUCAAAAGCAAUUUGAGUUAAAUAAUUAUAGAAUUACAGAAUUAUAUUAAUGAAAUUAAAGAAUCUUAUAAAAAUAUAAUAAAGGAACCAACUUAAAUAUGUGAAAAUUUCAAAUUAUAAUGUAGGAAACAUAAAGGAUUGUAAAUUAUAAUGGUUGAUUUAAAUUGGAAAAAAACACCACCGGAACGAUUAGUUUGCUAAAAUUGUAUUGAAGAAUUUCCAACAUUUUACAUAACUUUGGAUAGGUUUUAACAAUUAUGGUAUGAUCAUCAAGAAAAACGAUAUUAAUUAAUCGAAUAAUUAAAUUAACAAAUGGAAGUAAAGUAGAGUUAAAUUAAAGUUGAUACUGAUUUCUUAAAAAAUAAUCUAAUUAAAAGUAUCAAUUAAUUUUUGAAUUCAGCUAAUGAUUGUACAAAUAGAUAUUUAAAUUAAGGAAAAAGUUUAAAAUUAAAUAAAAAAAUAAAUUGGUCGAAAAUUGAUAAACAAGAAGCACUUUAAAUAGCAGAUAUUCUUAGUCUUUAAUAGGAAGUAGAAUAGUCAAAUAGGGAUGUAGUUUAAAAUUAUAAUGAAUUUGUGCAAACAAUUAACUCUUAAAAAUCAAUUUUUAAUUAAGAAAUAAUAAAGUUAUUUGGAAGUAAUUUAUAAUUUAAUUAAAGAUAAAAAUAAGAAGAUAUUUAAUAAUAAAUAUAAAAACCAUUUUUUAGUGAUUAAAAUAAAUUUUUCGAUAUAAAAAUAUAAGAAUAAUAAUAAAAAUUUUCAGAUAUAUAAAAAGAAUAAGUAGAUCAUCCUAUUAAAAAACUUGAUUAUAAAGUUUUACAAGAAUAUAAUAUUAAGUAGAAAGAAGGCUGUUAUGCGAUUGCUAUUAGUGAUAAUAAUUCUACACUAAUGGCAGGCAGUAAAUCUUAAAUUAAAGUUUUUUAAUUUAAUAAUGGAAAAAUGAAAGAAACUUAGCAGUUAAUAGGACAUUAGAAUGAUGUAGGAUGUUUAUAUUUUAGGAAGAAACAAAUUAAUUUAUAUCUGGUGGCUAUGAUAAAUUGAUCAUUAUUUGGUCAUUUAAAAAAAAAGAAUGGGUGUGCUCUUAAAAGUUAUAAGGACAUACAGAUUAUGUUUUGUGUUUAACAUCAACUAAUGUAGAAGAUCUGAUAGUAAGUGGGGGUUUUGAUAAAAAAAUUAAAUUUUGGAUUAAAUAAAAUGAUUGGUAGUGUUAAUAAACAAUAUCUGAUCUCUCAGGUCAUGUACUUGGUUUAAGUUUGAAUGAAUCAUCUAAUAAGUUAAUUUCUGGUGGUUAGACAGAGAUAAUAUAGAUAUUCGAGAAAUAACCAAGUAAUUAAUGGGUUCUUAUGUAGCAGAUAUAAGUAAAAGUAAGAGGCUUAAGAUUACACUUUAUAACAGAUGAUACAUUUGUUUUUUAAUUAAGAAAUUAAGAUGUUAUGCUUGUAUUUGAAAUGAAUUCAUAAACUAAAUCAUUUAUUUAGAUAAAUUAAAUAUAAAAAAUUGCAAAAGGUGCUGAUUGUAAUAGUCUUUUCCCUAUGCAACUAGUUAAAUUCAAAACUAUUUUGCUAAAUAAAAAUGGUCAUCAUGUUAACAUUUUGAAAAGAUUAUCCGAUGGAUCGUUCACAUUAGAUUAAAGUAUAGAUUUUGGUACUAAAAGAAUUUAUGGAUGUAUAACAGAAGAUGGAAAAUAUUUGAUCACAUGGGAUGAUAAAUCGAAAGAAAUUUAAAUCAGAACACCAUAAGAAUGA